GAGUGGAAGGAGAGAGAGAAGAGAAGAGAGUGAAGAUGGAAAGAGAAGGAGAAAGAGAGAGAAGGGUGGAGAAGAAGGGGAAGAAGAAGAAGCAGGUGCUGUUGGAAGGGUACGUGGAAGAGGAUCUUGCAAGGAGCAAGAGUCUGUCGGACGAGGAUCUGGAGGAGUUGAAGGGGUGUUUGGAUCUGGGGUUUGGCUUCAGCUACGACGAGAUUCCGGAGUUGUGCAAUACCCUGCCGGCACUGGAAUUGUGCUAUUCCAUGUCUCAGAAAUUCAUGGAUAACUCGCCGCCUUCACCUUCGCCGUCGCAGUCGCAGUCGCCGUCGCCUCAAUCGCUGUCGACAUCGAUUGCGAAUUGGAAAAUCUCGAGUCCCGGUGACCAUCCGGAGGAUGUGAAGGCGAGGCUGAAGUUCUGGGCGCAGGCCGUUGCGUGCACUGUGAAACUGUGCAGCUGAGUAUUCUUUCAGCGAUUCCUUCAUUGAUUCCUUGAUUUACCUGGAGACGACGGAGAUGCGAUCGAUGAUGGGUGGAGAUGAAGGGUUCUGUUUCUUUUCGCCUCUCAGAGUAACCCUAACCCUCAUUUCACAAUAUUCACAGCCUUAGGCGCAGCCCUGGGCACCGGCAUCAUCUUGUCACUUGUUAAUUAAGAUCAUAUUUCAAUAAAAAUUUUAUGUUCUAUGUUUCGGAUCUACUACUUCUCAUGUUGUUCCUUCUUCUGUUGCAACUCGAUUCAAACCAACCGUAGAUACUGUUUUUUGUGCAGCGGUUCGGCAUCUACUUGUUGCAUCACCCUAGUGUAUGUUGUCGCCUAGGGAGGAAAAACCAGGUGAAGUGAAGCCAUUGGCAUUGCUUGCUCCCAGAUUUUCCCUCACUCUGGAGACCUCAAAACUAAUCGGAGAUGCAAUUCUGAUAACUCAAUCUUAGCGAUGAUGGCUGCAGCAGUAUAAUUGAAUCUUACAAAUCGUCUCGUUUGAUAAAAAGAAAAAAACUUUCGUUUCUACCCAUCAUGAUCAGUGACCAGAAUCUAUGGGAAACGACAAGGAUUCUUCACGAGACGAUUCACGGAUGUUCAUUUGUUAGGAGUGCGCCUUUUCAGACAACGAACUGAUUCGAUGUAAUGAGCUUUUGUAUUGUACAUAAAUGUCUCAGGAAAUUAGAAUGUUUUGGCGUGUCACGUGAUCCAUAGUGAGUUGGAGCAAAUAAUGAGGAGUGCCUUAUGUUGAUACGUGAUACUUUGAAACAGAUAGAUGCCAAUUCAGAUCAGAAAGACAAAGUCUCACACAAGACCCAACACCUGUCUUAGACGUGAAGAACUCAAGACAAUAAUAAUAUAUAAUAAUAAUUCGUGAA